AUGUCACAGGUGAUAGAAUCCCACGUGUUGCGUGUUGGACAGACUGUGUGCAUUUCCUCACCGGAGGAAAGCGAGAGCCUGCGCCCGGCGGGGUACCCGGGCUGCUCCGCGCUGCCGGCCAAGUACGUCUACUACUCCACAGAGGCCUGGACCGAUCCCCGUUCCAUGGUGCGCCCCAAGGCUCCCCUGCUCCCCAGCACGAGAGCGUACGGAGCCCAGCCCGUGUCGGAGCACGUGGCUGCUCACACACAGGGGAAGAACCAGCAGAAUUCCUCCUUGGAGAGAGCCCCUGCCCCGCUCCAGCCGAGCAGGGAGGAGAACACCGGCACAGACCCCGAGGCUCAGCCCAUGUCUCCCUCCCUGGACAUAACCAUAGAGACCCUCAACCAGAUGAUCCUAGAAAUCGAUCCGACCUUCCAGCCGCUGCCGUGCAGGCCGGUGGAGGAUGCAGCCCAGCCUGCUCAGGGCGGCUCUGUGGCCACCAAGAAGCCGGACCCGGAGGCAGUAGACAUCAAGUACAUAGAGCUGACACCGGGCAGAGCCACGGGGCCUGACCAGCCACGGGGCACCCCCAGCCCUUCAGGCACCCCCUUCUCCAGAUCCCCCCAGGCCAACAGCUUCCUGCCCCAAAAAGGGGCGCUCGGAGGCAAAUACAGCACCAGUGACAGCGUGGUUUUCUCCAGCCCACCCGGACCCUCCAGCCCGCAGUCGGCCGCCCUGAGCUGCAGCACCAGCACGCCCUGGCAGUGCCUGGCAGGACACACGGACACAGUCUCCUACAGCCCCGGGGCCCUCAGCACCUCCCCAGGUGUUGACAAUCUGCUGAAGCCCUUGCAGGUGUUGAGGGCCCGGCAGAGGGGCAGUUGGGUGUCCCAGCUCUCCACGAGCCCUGGCUCUGACACCAGCUACAUCCUGGGCAGCAGCACCCACUCGCUCCACAACGAGGACUCGGAUGCUUCGGCCGCUGCCUCCCCGUCCCCCGUCAGCUCCCUGGGAAGCCCCUGCUCUCCUUCCUCUGCCAUCGUGUCUCACUCCAGGGAGGCUUUUGGCCAGAGCCCCGCACAGCCCCGGGCAGGCAGCUCCCCCAGCACCUCCCUGGGCCAGAAGGGCCAGGCCAGCAGCUGCCCCCCCUCCAUCCUCACCUCUGCUGCCGACAUCCCGGUGCUGCUGGUGAACGGGUGCCUGGAACAAGGGGAUGGACCCCCUCGGCUGGCCAAAGCCCCCCCCAGCUGUGGCAUGCAGCCCCCCGUGCCCGGCUGCAGCCCAGCCUCGAGGCUCGGUGGCCUGAACAACGCGCUGUCAGCACCUGCUCUCAGCUGCCUCUCGGACAGUCCCCUGAAGGCAGGGCAGCCCACCAUGAAGUUUGUGAUGGACACUUCAAAAUACUGGUUCAAGCCAAGCAUCAGCAGGGACCGAGCAAUCCAGCUGCUGAGGGACAAGGAGCCGGGCACGUUCCUCGUGCGGGACAGCACCUCAUUCCGGGGCUCCUUUGGACUGGCCAUGAAGGUUCCUGCCUCUCCCUCCGACAGCCAGACAGGGAAGGAGAGCAGUGACCUUGUCCGGCACUUCCUCAUCGAGUCCUCCACCAAAGGGGUUCACCUGAAAGGUGCCAGCGAGGAGCUGUACUUUGGGAGCCUCUCUGCCUUUGUCUACCAGCACUCCAUCACCCCGCUGGCACUGCCCUGCAAGCUCAGCAUCCCCACCCGAGAUCUCACUGAUGGAGAGGACAGCCCUGACUGCGCCCCCGAAUCUGCGCCGUCCCUGGCCAGGAAAACUGCAGUGUGCAACGUCCUGUACCUCAAUUCUGUGAACGUGGAGACGCUGACGGGAGCCCCGGCCAUCCUGAAAGCCAUCUCCUGCACCUUGGAGCUGGAGACACUGCCCACACCCACCCUGGUGCACUUCAGGGUGGCGGAGCAGGGCGUCACGCUGACCGACGUGCAGAGGAAGGUGUUUUUCAGGCGACACUACCCCUUGGCUGCCAUCAGGUUCUGUGGGAUGGACCCUGAGAACAGAAAGUGGCAGAAGUACUGCAAGUCCUCCAGAAUCUUCGGGUUCGUGGCCAAAAACCAGGCAGACUCGGAGAACCUGUGUCACCUGUUUGCAGAGUACGACACCGUGCAGCCAGUGUCCCUUGUCAUCGACCUGCUCCGCCAGCUCCUGCCCAGCCCGUAGGGACAGAACCCUGGGACGCUCAGGGCCAGC